GGCUGCGCGGGCGGGAAGACGCCCAGACGCCAGCUUCGGUCCCCUUUCUGUCUCUCGGUUCCUCUUUCCUCCCAAGUAAGGGAAUAAGCCCCGAGGAAGGAGCGCUCCCGGCAACCGAACAACCAAGUAUUGCACCCUGAGGAGGAACCAGGAUUUCUGAAUUUACCUUGACUUCAGACAGGAGGAGGUUGUCUGAGGAACAGCGGAGGUCUUUUCUCACCCGCUGAGGGGUGCCCACUGCCACCACAGACCCUCGAGUCCUUCAAGAAGGCUCCGGAAGGGCUUGUCUGCUGCAUGCCUGCAGUGAGGAGGCCCUGAGCUGGGCCCCGGCUUCACUGUGGUGAACAAAACGCCGUCCCUGUCCUCCAGGUGCUCACACCUGGUUUAAAGAUGAGCGAGGAACAGUGGGUCUCCCUUACUCCGGAAGAAUUUGACCAACUCCAGAAAUAUUCAGAAUAUUCCUCCAAGAAGAUAAAGGAUGUCUUGACUGAAUUUAAUGAAGGUGGGAGCCUUGCACAAUACGACCCACAUGAGCCUAUUAGCUAUGAUGUCUUCAAGCUUUUCAUCAGGGCAUACCUGGAGGUGGACCUUCCCCAGCCUCUGAGCACACACCUCUUCUUGGCCUUCAGCCAGAAGCCCAGACAGGAAACCCCUGACCAUCCAAGGGAAGGCACCAGCAACAGCGAGGCCAACAGCCCAGAUUCCAAUGUACAGAAUGCAGACAAUGCUGCCAAAGCAGAUGAGGCCUGUGCCCCUGAUGUGGAAUCAAAGACCAUCAAGAAGCAAGCACCAACUAAAGUCCGGGUGGCUGUGUCCCCACUAAGAGCUCCCGCUGCUCAGUCUCCAGGCUCCGUGUCCCCCAUAGUGUACCUGAAGGAUGUCAUCUGUUACCUGUCCCUGCUGGAGACGGGGAGACCUCAGGAUAAAUUGGAGUUCAUGUUUCGACUCUAUGACAGAGAUGAGAAUGGUCUCCUGGACCAAAUGGAGAUGGAUUGCAUUGUCAACCAAAUGCUGCACAUUGCUCAGUACCUGGAGUGGGAUCCCACAGAGCUAAGGCCUAUAUUGAAGGAGAUGUUGCAAGGAAUGGACUAUGACCAGGACGGCUUUGUGUCUCUAAAGGAAUGGGUGCAUGGAGGAAUGACCACCAUCCCACUGCUGGUUCUCCUGGGGAUGGAUGACUCUGCCUCCAAAGGGGAUGGGAGGCAUGCCUGGACCUUGAAGCAUUUCAAGAAACCCACCUACUGCAACUUCUGCCACAUUAUGCUGAUGGGCGUUCGGAAGCAAGGCCUGUGUUGUGUUUACUGUAAAUACACUGUCCACGAGCGCUGUGUAUCCAAAAACAUUCCUGGGUGUGUGAAAACAUACUCAAAAACCAAAAAGGGCGGUGAGGUGAUGCAGCACGCAUGGGUGGAAGGGAACUCCUCCGUCAAGUGUGACCGGUGCCAUAAAAGUAUCAAGUGCUACCAGAGUGUCACUGCGCGGCAUUGUGUGUGGUGCCGAAUGACGUUUCACCGAAAAUGUGAAUUAUCAACAUUGUGUGAUGGUGGGGAACUCAGAGACCAUAUUUUACUGCCCACUUCAAUAUGCCCCGUCACCCGGGACAGACAAGGUGGGAAGUCAGAUGGAAACGUGGCAGCCAAGGGCGAAAUUGUCAUGCAGUAUAAGAUCAUCCCCACCCCAGGUACCCAUCCUCUGCUGGUCUUGGUGAACCCCAAGAGUGGAGGGAGACAAGGAGAAAGAAUUCUUCGGAAAUUCCACUAUCUGCUCAACCCCAGACAAGUUUUCAACCUGGACAAUGGGGGGCCUACUUCAGGAUUGAACUUCUUCCGGGAUACUCCAGACUUCCGUGUUUUGGCCUGCGGAGGAGAUGGGACGGUUGGCUGGAUUUUGGAUUGCAUUGAUAAGGCUAACUUCGCAAAGCAUCCGCCGGUGGCUGUCCUCCCUCUUGGAACAGGAAAUGACCUUGCCCGCUGUCUCCGCUGGGGAGGAGGUUACGAGGGGGGCAGCUUGACGAAAAUCCUGAAGGACAUCGAGCAGAGUCCCUUGGUAAUGCUGGACCGCUGGCAUCUGGAAGUCAUCCCCAGAGAGGAGGUGGAGAAUGGGGAUCAGGUCCCGUACAACAUCAUGAACAACUAUUUCUCCAUUGGCGUGGAUGCCUCCAUUGCACAUAGAUUCCACGUGAUGAGAGAGAAACACCCAGAAAAAUUCAACAGCAGGAUGAAGAACAAGCUGUGGUACUUUGAAUUUGGCACUUCAGAGACCUUUGCUGCCACCUGCAAGAAACUCCAUGACCACAUAGAGUUAGAGUGCGACGGGGUUGGGGUGGACCUGAGCAACAUCUUCCUUGAAGGCAUUGCCAUUCUCAACAUCCCCAGCAUGUAUGGAGGCACCAACCUCUGGGGGGAAACCAAGAAGAACCGGACUGUGAUCCGGGAAAGCAGGAAGGUUGUCACGGACCCCAAGGAACUGAAACUCUGCAUCCAAGACCUCGGUGACCAGCUUCUUGAAGUGGUGGGGCUAGAGGGAGCCAUGGAGAUGGGUCAGAUCUACACUGGCCUGAAGAGUGCGGGCAGGAGGCUGGCUCAGUGCUCUUCGGUCAUGGUCAGGACUAACAAGCUGCUGCCAAUGCAAGUAGAUGGAGAGCCCUGGAUGCAGCCUCCUUGCACGAUUAAAAUUACUCACAAGAACCAAGCACCCAUGAUGAUGGGGCCUCCCCAGAAGAGCAGCUUCUUUUCACUGAGAAGGAAGAGCCGUUCAAAAGACUAAGCAAUGUACCAAACUCCAGCUAAACCAAGAGAGAAAGCAGAAACUGUAACUACACAUACACACACACACACACACACAUACACACAUGCACACACAUUUUUACACACAUUCUUAUCUAACCAGUGGAAGCAAAGCCACCCUUCAAAAAGAAAAUCUUCACUUUGCCAUACGUUCUACUUCAAUAAUGGAUACACCCCUAACAGAACCAGUGCCAGAAGAACAUUUUGAAUGGACUUAGGGUCCACCAGGGUGUGGUGCAGCAACUGCCAUAUUCCCAGCCUUGAGUAAGACUUUCUGGGACUAAAGAAGUCCCCCUUUCUUUCCACCAGCCCCGCAAGUUUCCUCAUGGACGCGCUCAAGGAGCAGGCUUCGGAUUUCCUGCCUAUGGUAAACUCGGAUGUGGUGGAGAGAAGGAGCCCCGGUUCCAGAGAACUUGCACAAAGGUCCCUCUGUACAGAGACAAAACGGCCUCCAACUCUCUGAGCAAAAUCCUUGGCAGGGCUCAGCAAGCUCACGUUGGUUUCUUGGUUGUCCUCUCGACGACAGCUUCUUCCUGAACCUGCUGAGGAGGCAGAAAGGCUGUGGAAAGCUGUUUCCCUUCCUGGUUCUCUGAGCCAUCAGCUGGCACUUGUUAUUUUCCCGAAGCCUUCUCCUGGUGGUGGCGUGUUUGCUUAGUGACGGCUCCAAGAGCCCCCAGAGCUGCCUGCGCAGCACACCUUAAAUGUGGUAUUUAUUUUCUUAGUUCUGUGAACACCUGGGAGGGAAAGCAGAGAAUCUGGGAUUUAUUUUUCAAAGUGGUGUCAUAAUAUUGUGUAAAAAGGGAAGAGAAAAAAAAAAAAAAAAAAAAACACCCCCAGCUUCUUUCUUUUUCAAGCCAAAGCAUGUUUCCUGUUUGAGUUCCAAACCCCGGCGGCAGACUAUUCCUGAAGGCAAAGAAGAUGGGAGAGAAGGGCCAUUUGCUGGGGAGAACCAAAGACAAACCAUCAUAUGGUUCCCUCCUGCUUCUUUGUGCCUACUACCCCCCAAAAUAUGACCCAAAGGCCCUUGAUGGUUUUAUGUGUUUGUGUAUAUAUGUAGCAUAUAUAUUUAUAUAUAUAAAUAUUUAUUUCCUGAUGGACUUUUACUGAUUGAAAUACAUAUAUAUAUAGUGUAGGAACAAAAAGUGAGAAAGAAAAAGAAGGUUCUUACUCCCCCACUCCUUAUUUCAUUGUCAAGACACACUUCCCUGUGGUGAUCAUAAGGUUUUAAGGAAAUGAAAGUAGCUUCUUAUCAUGAAGAGACUGAGAACUUCUAAUUCUGGAUCCUCAAAACAACCAUGAAUGAUAUGCUGGACAGGAUUUACUCUCCCUUUUGUUGGAUAAGGAAACUGACUCAGAAAAGUUAAGAGACUUGUCCAUGGUAUCUUGGUAAAUGUGCUUUGGGCAUAGGUACCACUAAGAAAACAUUUAAUAAAGAAAAGAACUGAACUCUCCAUGUCUUACCCUCAUCAUGGUCAUCAUAUCUUUUCAUCUGGAAAACACUCAUGGCUGCAGGGAUAACCUCAGUGGAGAGUCACAAGGACAGAGGCUCCGUUUGCAAGGUGCUGGCAGCUAGGACUGAGAGGUCUCUGCAAAGCUCAAUGGGCUUCAGCUGAUACCAGCAUUGCCCUCUUUUCCCAAGGGCAAGUCUGACCAGAGCUUCAUUGGUAGAAUGGAACAGAAUGAAACAUCUGUCUUGACCCCUUUGCUCAUUCGGGACUCCAUCCCCCUCUCAGAGAUUUCUCAAGAGGAAAUCUGGCCUCACUUGAGUUCACACCACUGAGCUGUCUGUAAUCUCCUUGCAGUGGGGCAGGAGUCUUGGACAAAGAAGAGAAAAUUAACAUUGUAUGUAUAAAUUGAGCUUAACUCUAAGGGAAGCACUCCUCCUGAGAUCUGAAACCAUCCUGCUGAACCUAUCAGUGCAGAACGCUGGGCAGGGGGAAAGCCAGGCCACCUGAAGAAUAUCCUUAAUUAUGGAAUCCUUGGCGAUGGGACCAACAAGCUCCAAAGUGACAACAGAUGGCAAAAGGCAGGAGACCCAACUAAAGAGAGGAGGCGUCUACAACAAUUUGCUUACCCGGCUUAUAGCACAGCUCUCCUCUUCUGCAGAAUGGAAAGAAAUGACCAGUAACCUUUCGUGCCUCUCUCUGUGCCACCAUCCUCAACACUAGAAAAGACAUAAGACUCAUCUAUCUUGGGAAAGUCUGGUGAAUGUUCCAUAGAGGCUGCUGUAGAAGGGAGCCAGCCGAAAUCCCACGCUGGUAUGAGGAACAAAACCCUGCCUGGGAAAAGAAGAGGAACACAGGGAGCGGGAUACAGUGCUGUCUCAGCCACAGGGCCUUGGACAUGUCCUUAGCCUGCUGGGACCUCUCAUUCUCCAUCCGUCAAACAAAGUGGCUCUAAAGACCUUCCUGAUUCGAUGAUCUUCCUUUCAUCUGGGUAAAUGCUGUGGCCAUAGCCAGGGAGGCAGGCUCAUUGUCCCCAUGGGUCUUCCCCCAACCCUGCUGACCCAGGAGGGCUAGUCCUAGCCCCUCAGCUGAGAUCGGAAGAGAAACUACCUUUCUUCCCUCUUGAGGCUUUUUCAUGCUCAGAAGUCAGCUGAUGUAGGGGGCCAAUGUGAAAGAAACACUACAAAGAAACUGGUAAGCUCUCCACCUAUACAAACACUCACACAUACACAUACACACAUACACACACACCCAACCCUGAAAUGUAAGCAUUUUCCAUUCUGUGUAUCCAACCUCUCUUAUCCUUUCUAAUUGCCAGUGUGUUCGGAGAGAAUUCAGUCCUACCAAUGGAAAACAGUUCUCUCUCUGAGGCAACCCAGCUAAACCUCAAUAUUUAGGGGUGAUCCUGGGCAUCAACUGAAGUUGUAGGUCCUAACACACCUCAACUGCGGCCCAGGAAUGUAGACUUGACCAGCCAAGAUGGAGGCAGAAACUAAUUAGCACAGUGACAGGGUCCUGAUGCCUCCCUCCUUCCUCUCCCACCCCAACCUCCUCCAAACCCCAUAGCUGUGUUGUUUUGUACUGGUGGUGCCUGCUCACGCCUGUCCGUCUGCCUGCCUACAGUGCCGUGGACUUGUUCUGUAAAGCACUGUGUAUACGUAUGUCCUGACUCUGGUUUAUUGCAAAUAAAAAUGAUGGCAGAUGGCUAA